UUUGACACUGGAUUCUCCGGCCUCACAUUUGAGACAGCUCAAGCUCAUUGCUGCCAAUCGCAUUCAUCAUGGCACCCGAAACCAAAAACGACUUUCUCGAUACGGCCGAUAGCGAUGAAGAGAACGAUGUUGGCUACAAUUCCGAGGAUGAUGAUAUGAAAAAGGGUGGCCGAGGCGCCAAGCGACGGAAACUUGACUCGGACGAUGAGGAUGAUAUGGGUAGCGACAUUGAACACGAUGCCAGCGACGAUGAGGGCGAGCCGGCCGAAAAGGAUUCAGAGAAACAAGAAAAGGGCGAGAAGGAGGAUGACAAACCGGAAAAGCCAAAGCGCAAAUCAAAAGACACAACUUCGACAGAGCUGCCCGAUGUCACAAGAACAUUGACAAAGAAGAACCUCGUCGCAUCCGAAGCCGCCAUCAAGAAGUCAGGCGUCGUCUACCUCUCCCGUAUACCACCCUUCAUGAAGCCUGCCAAGCUGCGCUCUCUCCUCGAACCCUACGGAACCAUUAACCGCAUCUUCCUUGCCCCUGAAGACCCAGCCUCACAUGCCCGUCGCGUUCGCGCUGGCGGUAACAAGAAGCGAUCUUAUACCGAAGGAUGGGUCGAGUUCACAAAAAAGAAGGACGCCAAGGCUGUAUGCGAUCUUCUCAACGCGCGCACCAUUGGCGGUAAGAAGGGCAGCUACUACCACGACGAUUUAUGGAAUCUUCUAUACCUCAAGGGUUUCAAAUGGCACAACCUCACAGAGCAAAUCGCUGCCGAGAACGCUGAGCGCGCUAGCCGCAUGAGAGCCGAGAUCAGCAAGUCGACAAAGGAGAACAAGGAGUUUGUCAGGAACGUGGAGAAAGCAAAGAUGCUGGACGGCAUGGAAGCCAAGGCAAAGGCCAAGAAGAGGAAGGCAGAUGGCGAGGGAGAGGGAGAGGACUCGGUGCGACAAGUCAAGAGAUCGUUCAAGCAAGUUCCUCUGGCGAAGAAGAAGACGGAAGUGGAAGAUCAACCAGCCGAGGUGACGAGGGUACUAAGCAAGAUUUUCUGAUCUGUAUAGCCAUUGUUUUUCUUUUUUUUUUUUUCCUUUCUUUUUUGCAUUCUUGUCUAUAAUACCUGAAUUUAUCAAAUCACGACUUUUGAAGAUAUAGAAUCCAUUUAAGAC